UGUAACUGCAUAUUGUAAAGUGACUGAUGGUGUCUCAUAUCCUCACCACUCGUGCUUUGUCAAGCUACAUAUUUCUUCGACGCAACCUCAUCAUCGCUCGGCAGUGCCAAAUUUAAGACAUUGAAAAUCAUAUGUCUGUCGUGUUUCUCUCUCUUAAUUCUCUCUGAUAGAACGCCUAUGAAACAUUGUGGUAAUAUGUUGCUGGUCAAAGCCAUCCACGGUUGCCUGUACACUGGACUACUCUUCUCAACUAUAACGCUGGCCUGUCCUGACUAUCAAGACCUUCCAUUUUUCAAAGCCGCCAAUGGAAGUAGACUUGAUAAAGCUGAGUUAUUGAAGAGAUACUACACUGUCGAACCAAGCGAAGAAGCAACCCAAGCUCCCUCUACAUGGCCCGGCAGCACUCUUCCAUACUGCUUCGAAAACGAUAAUACGAAGACUCUAUUGAAAGACUUGGUCGAAGAUGGUUGGAAGCGCUGGCAGACAUCAGGCGUCGACUAUAACAUCCACAUGGGGGAGUAUAAUAAUUGUCCUGCCCCAGUUAAUGGGAAUGUUACAAAGGGCAUCGGCUAUCUUCUCAUCCAGGCGAACACUGAUGGGAGGUUGCUGACCACGAUUGGAACUCAGUUUUAUAGCGAAGGAAACGGUGCAUUUAUGCUCUUUGAUCCCAAUCCAGAUCUCGCCAUGGGGGAUGCCGUCGCCAACAUGGCGCACGAGAUAGGACACGCAUGGGGGUUUUAUCACGAGCAGCAACGCCCUUACUUCUGGAACAAGGUCCAAUACGCCCAAGCCACGGGACCCACGAAUCAAAUCAAUUUCGUUUGCACAAAUCUAGCCGAUUAUGUUGACAAAGCCGGGACACCAAAUGGAGACUCGAACGAUGUUUGCCACAGCGAAGCAACGGCUAAAAGUAGAGGGUUUUCUGCACUCGAAUAUUUGCCUAUGAAAAUGUCAUUUACAGCUGAGCUUGAACUUGCAGACUUUGACUGGAAAUCCAUUAUGCUUUAUGGAUCUACGAUUGGUGGUAAGGUGGUGAACGGUGUUCGCGCCAAUGUAUACACCAGAGGUCAUGAUGGAGCGGUUAACCCUCAUAACACGUCGCCGAGUCAGCUGGACGUAGACAGGUUCAAUGCAAUGUAUACGAAAAAGGCGAAAUACAAGAACCCAUGUUUAAUCAAUCAUGGUUGUAACCCAAAGUACGCCUCCUACAUGAACUUGAAGGUCAAGUGUAAGAAAAAGCUCAGUUAGACAGGGUACCUUAUGUAGUAAGGCACGAAUUCCAAGACCGUGCAAAACGUUUUCUGCAUCUACAGUAAGCUUACGAGUACUGCCGAUUAUUACGUACUUACCACCUGCCUACUUCCUCAUUGGCCUGCCAGAAUCUAUAGAAAAGUUGUGCCCUAGCAAAUGAAGGCCGU